UUCCCGCAGCUCGGGAGCGGGAGGCGCGGGAGAGUGCGCCGGGCCCGGGAGCGGGAGGUGGGCGGGCUGCGCGGGACCGGAGCCGUGGCUCUCGGCUCGCCCCCUCGGCCCUUCCCGGCUCUCGUCCGCGGGCGGGCGGCGCGGUGGGGCCGGGCUGGGGCGCGGGAGCCGCUGUCUCCUGCGGGAGAGGAGGCUGGCUCUUUGGGCGACCUCCGAAGCUUCCCUCCUGCCGGGGUGGCGUGGGCUUGUUACCCAGAACUUCAUGGAGGAACACGGAGUGACCCAAACUGAACAUAUGGCUACCAUAGAAGCACAUGCAGUGGCCCAGCAAGUGCAGCAGGUCCAUGUGGCUACUUACACCGAGCACAGUAUGCUGAGUGCUGAUGAAGACUCGCCUUCUUCUCCCGAGGACACCUCUUAUGAUGACUCAGAUAUACUCAACUCCACAGCAGCUGAUGAGGUGACAGCUCAUCUGGCAGCUGCAGGUCCUGUGGGAAUGGCCGCUGCUGCUGCUGUGGCAACAGGAAAGAAACGGAAACGGCCUCAUGUAUUUGAGUCUAAUCCAUCUAUCCGGAAGAGGCAACAAACACGUUUGCUUCGGAAACUUCGAGCCACAUUAGAUGAAUAUACUACUCGCGUGGGACAGCAAGCUAUUGUCCUCUGUAUCUCACCCUCCAAACCUAACCCUGUCUUUAAAGUGUUUGGUGCAGCACCUUUGGAGAAUGUGGUGCGUAAGUACAAGAGCAUGAUCCUGGAAGACCUGGAGUCUGCUCUGGCAGAACACGCCCCUGCGCCUCAGGAGGUUAACUCAGAACUGCCGCCUCUCACCAUCGAUGGAAUUCCAGUCUCUGUGGACAAAAUGACCCAGGCCCAGCUUCGGGCAUUUAUCCCAGAGAUGCUCAAGUACUCUACAGGUCGGGGAAAACCAGGCUGGGGGAAAGAAAGCUGCAAGCCCAUCUGGUGGCCUGAAGAUAUCCCCUGGGCAAAUGUCCGGAGUGAUGUCCGCACAGAAGAGCAAAAGCAGAGGGUUUCAUGGACCCAGGCACUACGGACCAUAGUUAAAAACUGUUAUAAACAGCAUGGGCGGGAAGACCUUUUGUAUGCCUUUGAAGAUCAGCAAACGCAAACACAGGCCACAGCCACACAUAGUAUAGCUCAUCUUGUACCAUCACAGACUGUAGUCCAGACCUUUAGUAAUCCUGAUGGCACUGUCUCACUUAUCCAGGUUGGUACAGGGGCAACAGUAGCCACAUUGGCUGAUGCUUCAGAAUUGCCAACCACGGUCACCGUUGCCCAAGUGAAUUAUUCUGCCGUGGCUGAUGGAGAGGUGGAACAAAAUUGGGCCACGUUACAGGGAGGUGAGAUGACCAUCCAGACGACGCAAGCGUCAGAGGCCACCCAGGCAGUGGCAUCGUUGGCAGAGGCCGCAGUGGCAGCUUCUCAGGAGAUGCAGCAGGGAGCUACAGUCACUAUGGCGCUUAACAGCGAAGCUGCCGCCCAUGCUGUCGCCACCCUGGCUGAGGCCACCUUACAAGGUGGGGGACAGAUCGUCUUGUCUGGGGAAACCGCAGCAGCCGUCGGAGCACUUACUGGAGUCCAAGAUGCUAAUGCUCCUCACCGGGUCUUCCACUUGGCUCUGCCUACAGCCCUUGCUUGGGGUCCCCCAGAGAUUUUGAAGAGCACAUCUGUCUCCGCUGGUCAGCACUGAAGACUCAGAAACCACCCACUACCUAUGCUGCCCUGGUUAAGACUAGGGGUCUCAACCCUCCCUCCUCAUGUUCUGAAUGAAGAGAAAUGGACUGGAGGGCUGUUUAAAAAUUAAAGCUGCUGGGUGCGGUGGCUCACGCCUGUAAUCCCAGCACUUUGGGAUGCCGACGCGGGCGGAUCACAAGGUCAGGAGUUCGAGACCAGCCUGGCCAAUAUGGUGAAACCCCAUCUCUACUAAAAAUAUAACAUUUAGCCGGGCAUGGUGGCACGCGCCUGUAGUCCCAACUACUUGAGAGGCUGAGGCAGGAGAAUCGCUUGAACCCAGGAGGCAGAGGUUGUGGUGAGCCAAGAUUGCGCCACUGCACUCCAGCCAGGCUGACAGAGUGAGACUCCCUAGUAAAUAAAAAAUAAAAAUAAAAUAAAAUAAAAAUAAAAAUUAAAGCUGAUGACAAGGCUUUGUCAUUACACUUAGAGAAGGAACAGCCCUUUGCAAGUAUCGUCAGGGUAGCGUGUCCCACGUUCUGGGCUGGUCCUGGCAACCAGUCUUGCUGCUGAGGUUCCACCUUAAGACUUCAACGUCAUAUUUUCUGAAACUAUAAGACAACCGGGCGCAGUGGCUCACGCCUGUAAUCCCAGCACUUUGGGAGGCCGAGGCAGACGGAUCACGAGGUCAGGAGAUCAAGACCAUCCUGGCUAACACAGUGAAACCCCGUCUCUACUAAAAAAUACAAAUAUUAGCCGUGUGUGGUGGUGGGCACCUGUAGUCCCAGCUACUCGGGAGGCUGAGGCAGGAGAAUGGCGUGAACCCAGGAGGCGGAGCUUGCAGUGAGCUGAGAUGGUGCCACUGCACUCCAGCCUGGGAGACAGAGCGAGACUCCGUCUCAAAAAAAUAAAUAAAAUAAAAAAUAAAAAAAUAAAAUUAUAAGACCCCACUCUGCCUUACUGUGCUAUAAAACAAAUGUACAUUUUACUAUGCAUUCCAACUGCCAAAUUAAAUUAAUAUAGACAUUUCUUUAGGGAAAAACAUUCUCUCUUUUUUACACUAAACAAUCUUCACCUUUUCACAUCCCUGUUUUCUUUGACCUUAAUAAAAACUUUUUAAAAUAUGUAUGUUUUCCCAGCAGAAUUUAAUCUCAACAAUGCUCAAUAGAAUAUUCUUUUUUUUUUUUUUUUUUGAGGCAGAGUCUUACUCUGUCUCACCCAGGCUGCAGUGCAGUGGCACAAUCUCGGCUCACUGCAACCUCCACCUCCUGGGUUCAGGCGAUUCUCCUGCCUCCGCCUCCUGAGAGAGCCCAGCUAAUUUUUUAUAUUUUUGGUAGAGAUAGGGUUUCACCAUGUUGGCCAGACUGGUCUCGAACUCCUGACCUCAAAUGAUCCGGCCUCCCAAAGUGCUGGGAUUUCAGGCAUGAGCCAUCACACCCAGCCCAAUAGGAUAUUCUUAACCUGGGGUCUAUGGACCCUGAGAAAUUCUAUACAAAGGUAUUUGUAUUUUUUUUUUUUUUGGUAUCUAUAGCUUUUUUUUUUCUUUGCCUCUGCUAGCAGCAGGGAGGGUAUUAGCUUUGAUUGAAUGUGUAACUAGACCAGAGGCAUUCCCACCCCCACCCCCACCCCUGUUCAUCGCCAGCCCACAAAAAAAGGUUAAGAACCUCUACUACAGAAGGUGGUGGUGAGGAUUGUUUAACUUGUAGAUACCUGGUAUAGCACUGAGAGUAAAAGGAGGAGCAAUGGAGAGGGGAGGUCCCGCAGAGCUGGAUACCCUAAAAGCUGAACCUCUAACAAGCUCUGUAAUCUUAGGCAAGCAAAUUAACCUCUCUAAGCCUUAGCUAUAAAAAUUAGGAUAAUGAUAGUUCUGUACUCAGAAGGAAGUUGUGAGCAUUAAACAAGAUGAUUCCUGUCAAGUUCUUAGCAUAGUGCCUGGCACAGGGAUGCAUCAUAAACAUAAAAUUCUUUAGCUGUCGGCAUCAGUUUCUUCUCCAUCAUUACUCACAUAUGUUGGAGUGCACAGUACUAUGUAGACGCUGCUUUCCUGUCUUUAAGAUGGAUCCGAAUGCUUGCCUUUCGCAGUUGAAGAUGUAUGUUGCAGAGGUGGAUGCUGUAAAAAUGGGAAUAGAUUAGAAGCCCUUUCUAUAACCUUGACUGAAGAAAAUACAAGGUGACAUUGUUUAAAGGCUCUAUCACUUGCCUUUGUCUAGGGCUGCUGUUCGCUUCUGCACAUAGUUUGCAGUCAUGAGUGUGGCCUUUUUACUCCUAAAAUGGCACAAUCUGUCUUCAAAUCUCAACAGAUGCAUUGUAUUUCAACUCUAUCAUGAAAGGUAGCUUUUGCCAUUUUUUCCUUUUUGUCACCACCAUCAUCCAUUUUUACUUACUGCAUGUCCCACUGUUCCAACUCUUUAAAAAUGAGAGGGAUGAUGCCAAUCCUCCACAUGUUAGACUGUAAAACACGUCUCCUUCCACCUUUUUCUGUGCUCCUCGUUCCCUGGACACAUCAGCAUAUGGGCUUGUUCUCACAAGAGUCCAUUGAGAUGUAAAUGUUAAUUUAGGAACUGUAUUAUUGUUUCUCCCCAAAAAGGUUGCUGAUGUGCUAUUUCAGUGUGUACUAAAUCACUUUUUGCCUCAUUAUUUUAAUUAAAGUUUAAAUAAAUGAAUGUGUUAAAUAGUCUUAGUGUAAGAGUGUGUUUUCAGUCACCAUAAGCAUGAUAGCCUUAAAAGUGCUGUUGUGUUCUAUGACACUGUGAUACUAUUUGUAGCUUUCAUCCAAAGAUGGUAAGCUCAGUGCCUCAGGACUUGAAGCAGGCAGCCCCUAAGCAACUGUUUUUUGUGUGAGCUGUGAGUCCCAGGAUACAAGCCUCUCAUCUUCAAGGUCCCCAAAGAGCAGCACAGCUGGUAGCUGUGGAUUUUUAGGCUGCCCUACUGUAAGGUAAAUGGUCUUUUCCACCCACUCCCUUGUUGAUAGAGUAACUUGAGAGAAAAUGAAGACACUAGAGUGCUGGUCUCAGACUGCGCUGAGGCAUCGCCUGUUCUGUGAGAAAAAGCAAAUGAAGAUUUAUGUGUAUUACAAUUGUUUCUCCUUUGGAAUCAUAGGUCUUUUUUAAAUAGAGGGGGAGGAGGGGAUAGUCCUAGACCUGAAAAGAUUCCUUCUUGUAAUAUAAGGAGAGCUGUGAGCUGUGGAUCAAAAUGAAGAGGAGUGAGGGGAGUAUGCAGCGUUGCCUGCGGCUCCAGCUGAGCUGGGAGCUGGCGGCUGUUCCUGGGAACUGAACAGUGUGUGGUGCAGCACCUUGGGACAGCAGUGUCUCUUAGUGUCUUCCACACACCCCCCUGGGAAAUAGGCUUUCUUUGCAGACGGGGACUUUCCCAUUUAAGUCAGCUAACUUUUCUCUAAGAUGAAUCGUUUUCAUUCUGGGAAGCAUGUUGGUAGAUGUCAUACCAGGAAAAUAACCAUUUCAGUCGGCUGUAAGUUUGCCUUUUGGCUAUACACAUUGAGCAUAAUUAUUUAGGGUCUUCGUCUUUUUCCUUUCAUUGUCCAUUCUGUCAUUGAGCAUAAUUAUUUACAGUCUUCAUCUUUUUCCUUUCAUUGUCCAUUCUUUCAUUUUGUUUUUUUACUACUGCUACAACCACCACCACUGCCACCAUCAUCUCCUUGCAAAUGGCUAAGCAGUGUCUGCAUUAUUCUACCUUCACCCAGUAAACUGAGUAGAACAGAUCUGAGCCCUGUUCAGAAGGAGCUAAAACCGGGACUUGCCCAGGAUCUGUCAGCUCUUAAAUAGUAAGACUGGAAAUCAUACCAGAUCUCCAGUACUCUUUCUACUGCCCAGUGAAACUCCCUUCUUCCCCUUCACUCCCUCUUGCCAGCUUAGCCUACCUAGGAAGUAAAGAAGGCAUAAUACAAAUGAGAAUCGUGGCCUUUCUUAUUCAUCUGGUUACGCUAGUACUUGGUGUGGUGACUCCUUUGCAGGAUUGUUUUAAGGGAUGGUGGCAGCUAUGUUUUACUCACUUUAGAAGUCAAAGACUCAUGGUAAAUCUUAGCAGAGGCAAAUAAAAACGUGAUACCAAAACCUAACAUGUAAAUCUGUACUGUCCAGUAUGAUAGCUGUUAGCUACAUGUGGCUAUUUGAAUUUAAAUGCAAGUUGAUUAAAAUGAAAUAAAAUGUAAAAGCUAGUUAUUAGUCACAAUCAUAUUUCAAGUGCUGAAUAGCCACAUACGCCCUGAGAUACUGAAUUUUUAAUUUAAUUAUAAUUUAUUCACAUUUAAAUGUAAACAGGCACAUGUACCUAGUAGCCACUUUAAUGGAUUGUGUAGAUACAGAACAUGUCCAUCACUGAAGACAGUUCUAUUGGGUAGUGCUGAUCUAAGGGCUAUAUCAAUAACACUGUGGUCUCCUGGCAAGUUGUACCCUCUCUGCACAGGGGAGGACAACACAAAUACUUCAUGAGCUUUGUCUUCCGGUGACCUUCUCAGCUCAUAAACAGCAUGGCUUUGCUUUAAAAAAAAAAAAAAAAAUCUACCCAUGUGACUGCAGUAAUCCGCAGCCAGUAAACAGCAGGGUGGGACGGUUGUGAGGAGAACUGAUCUAUUUUUAUGCACUGCAGAGUCCAAGCAGGAAAACCUGAGACUGGAGACAGUGGCGACACCGAGACUCACUUCCUAGUGAGUUUAUUCAUGACCCAGGCCACGUGCAUAUUUCCACUUGGAUUCCUCACAAGUGCAAAUUUCUCUUCUAGGCUACAGGUAUCUGCAGCCAGGUGCUCUAAUGGAUUUAUAGUAGCCCGCCAAAAGAUCAAAUAUCCGAAGCCUGACGGGUCACAAGGCUGACAGGAGCCAUGACUAUUGCAUGAAUUCCAGAUUUCACAGUGAAACGGAGCUGCUGCUGAAAAAUGGGAGCACAGAGAUGUUCACUGGGGCUCUUGAUUCUAGACACUCAAAGAGGGGUACAGUUCUCUGCCCCAUGUGUGUUUCUCACCCAACCUUUCCAUGGUGUUGAGGAGGGGAAGGGACAGCUCAGUGGUGAUUCUUCACUUCUCAAAUGUGUCCUCCUUCCCUGUCUUCAUAAUGACCUCCUGAAGUCCAAAGUGCCUUCCAAAAUAGCUCUUGGAAAGAGCUGGCAGUUUCCUGACUCCCCAGUCUCCCCCAUCCUGGGAGAUGUGUUGAUGGCACUAAUUUGAGGGGUAGCAGAGACUAUAGCCCUACUCUCUUUACUGGCUGGGGCAUCGGAGGCAUGCAGUAACUGUUGACUACCACUGCUACAACUGCUGUUGUGAUUAUUACCAUUAUAAUGAUUAAUCACUCACACUGAAUGGGAAGGGAAGUAACCUUCAGAGGUUCACUCUUAGUACUUCUGGCACACAUGCUUAGGGCCAGGGCCAGUCUUCAUUCGCAGAGAGGUGGUAGUGAAUCUCCCACAAGGAUCCCUACUUCAGGAAGCCUGUGUUCCUGGUGGAAGUCCAUCAUAUCCCUCAGGCAUACUGAGAUUCUGUUCUCUAGAAUUACCAGGCCUUUCCUGUCGCUCCUCAGGCAUACCCCCCAUAGCUGGAGGGAUUUCCAGUUGCCAGGGUUCUUUGGUGCUUUUCUUUGCCUCCUGCAGAGAUGCUGAGCUGUGGACACCUUCAGAAAGACCAGCACUGCCUCAUGAAAGUAUCUCCUGUCCCUCUUUGCGGGUUUAGGUUCCUUGUGUAGUCUGCACAUCCAGAGGGGAUGUGUCAUUCUCUCUCUACCAUUAUAACCUGGGGUGGCCUUGGGCAUUCAUCGUUUGUAUGCCAGGAAUUGCUGACCUAAGCUCUGCUAUUUGAAGGCUUAAAGACUGCAGAUCAAAAGUGGACAUAGAGGGCCUUUACAAUGAGAUGAUAGGCCAGUAGCUGUCAGUCUUUAUUCUUAGUGCUCAUCUAAGCCAUGACCAUGUCCUUCAGAUGUAGCUUUUAGAUACUUUUCAUGUGAAAGACUGGAUACCUCCAGUCGACAUGUCAGGGCCCCAAAGGAAUCAAGUCCCUUUGGCAUACCUUCAUGUCCUCUUUUUUUGUUUUUCUGUACUUCAAUAGAUGCAAAUUCAUUUACUCUUUGGUCUGCCUGUGUUGGGUAUUCUCAGCUUGGGGAAACUCGAUGAGCCAGCACACCAUCCUAUGAACAGAACACCAAUCUAAGCCAGGGACAUUCCGAGCAGACAACUCAAGUCAGGGCUUCCGGACGGAUUCCCAAGAAGGUCCCUGCCAUCUGGCAGAUAGACACCACUGACUGUGGUCUCCUCUCCAUCCAGGGUGUCCUCAAGGCCAAGUUACCUGCUGCUUUGUCUCAUUCUCCUUCCCUUUAGGUCCGCAGAUCUUUCGGAGUCUUUGUAUGUAAAGGCAGAUUUUGGUCUUAGAUUAUUCCAGCUCCUUAUAAACCAAGACUGAAUCUUGUGCCUGUCAUUGUGAGCGCUAUUCUGUAAAGGGAUUUUUUUUUCUGGCAUACCAAAUCCAGAACCAUAAUUGGACAAGUUUAAUUGGAGUCAUUUCUAUUCAAUACAUGGAUGGAAAAGUGGGUUUUAAUUGAGCAUGUAAAAAGGGCAUUAAUCACUGUUCACACAGCAAUCAGAAUAUUAGAACAGGAAAAAUUCUUAUAGAAUAAAGUUUUUCAGGUUCUUGGGUAAAGGGGACUUUCCUCUUUUUAUUUAUGCUUCCAUUAGGAUUUUGAAGGAAUGCCAGUGCACUGUUAUUAACUCUAAUAGCUUGUCCCUCGCAGCCAGGAUGGUUUGGGGCCCUCUGGCUCUCAGGUUACCUGUGUAAAUACAGGGAUUCACUUGCCAGCACCCAGCUCUAACAUUUGCUUAAUAAAGAGCAAAUGUGCAGAACCCAACAGCAGCAGCAGCAGCCUGGCAGAAGCAGUAAUCUGAACAGGAUAAACAUGCUUCCUCUUUGUGCGAUGCUCUUUCUCCAUCCUCCUGCCAAGAGCAGGAUAUCAAAUGAAGGGGAGGUUGUGGUUGGAGUCAGUGAAGUGAAUGUCUAAGUGGCACCUGCUUCAUUCAACAGAUCUGCUUUCCUGGGGCCUCCCAGUGCACAUCUGCUCCUGACAAAGCCUCUUUUCUCCUCCUGUUGGUCAGACUGAGAGCAAAGGCCUGGCAAGGAGACAUACUGGUUUUGCUUUGUCAGCACAAUUGUCUGUGACAUUAUAAUUACACCAAAUCUUCAUUAUUAGAAAGGCCCCAAUUUAGAGAUUUUCAGAGCCUAAAUGGGAUUUUCUAAGUGAAAUUGAUUAAAAAAAAAAAAAAACUUUGCCAUCAUAAAGCCUAGCAAUUGGGUCUGAGAAUCAUUGAAGGGGUCUAAAUAUGGAAACCGAGACACUGCUGUGAGUGAGACUACAAAGACCAUGCUAUCAGAUUGACUCUCUAGAGAGGCGUCCAGCAGUCUUUUGACUCUGCCCAGCCCAUCCUCUCCUUAUUCCCGUAGCACUGUAACAUGCAUCUACACUGCAUUGCUCUCACAUGCUGAUAGUUUCUCAUGCAAAGGCCUGGCGGUGGGGCUGGAGGGUGUUAAAAUAAGUUGAUGAGGUAUGGCAGUAAAGGAAAGAACCUGUGAUUUAAAUAAGGGAAAUGCCAGAAAUCUGUAUUUUAGGUGAAUACAAAGCAUCCAAUUUAGAUUCAGUUUCCAUUUAAACAAAGGCAACUCUUAAGAGUGUUACACAGUGUGAGUGUAUGUGUCUGUCGGAGGCAUGUUUAUGAUAUGGAGUUGGCACACUGGAAGCUCUGGAAAGGUUUUAGAGCUGUGCUCUGGCUAUUUAAACUUAAUUAAAACAGAAUAAAAUUUAAAAAUCAGUUCCUCAGUCACGCUGCCACAUUUCAAGCACUCUGUAGCCACUGUGUCGGACAGCACUCAAACAGAACGUGCCCAUCAUCACAGGAAGCUCUAGUGGACCGCACUGUUUGAGGUUGGUCUGAACCUCUUGAAAUGCCUCGACUGCUUAAGGAAGCCUCGGAGUUUCUAUUGCAGUCUUGUUGGAAGGAAAAAGUGAAAUUUGCCUGAAUGUUUCUGGAACAACUCCUUCCAGCCAUGUUACCUGGACUGUGUUCUUUUUCACCUUUUUGUAUUUUUUUCUCCAAGGAUUUCAUGUCCUUUUCCUACUCCUACCCCUUGUUUAAAAAAAAAAAAAAUGAAUUAUAACAAUGAAAAGGAAAUUUAAUUUUAGGAAUGUCCACUUUCAGCUGACCUUCUCCUUGGCCUUCUCCUAAUUAAGCUUUCACAGCCCUGCUGUUGGACCAGACAGUCCUUUUCUCAUUAAACGGAGCACCUUAGUAAAACAAGAGGGCAUGUGAACACUCGGGCCAAGAGCGUGUAAACAAGUUGUGCAUUGUGUGGACAAUGCUGCUGGGCGUGGAACGCUGGGCUGCCAACACUUUCCAUUUCCAGCAACUCUUGGGACCAAGGACAGGGCCUUUAAUCUUGCUUCUUCCAUUUGUCUGUGUCUAGUAGCUACUACACAGUUGCUUUGACUCCUGGAGAAAGCCCACGUAAAAUAACAAUACUACUUCAAAUUUAGACAGUGUCUUUUUUUCUCAAGAACUUAAAUCAUGUAAGCAUGAUGUUAUUUAUCCUCAUAGUGGUCCUAAGAUACAGAAGUGGCCUGUUGGUUUUACAAAUGUGAAUAUAGUCAACUCUUACUUGUUACCUACAGAUUAUCUGUCACACAGAUUACUUGUGACACAUUUUAAAUCCUUGGGCAAUUUCUCUGAGCGAGCCAGUGUAAGCCUGGACCAUCUCCUCCGCCCCCCGACCCAGCUGCUGGGUACUUAGGGAAUACAAAUUAGUUUUCAUAUUAGCUUAAAGAAGACAUAAUUAGGAAGGUAAGUCUGCUACAAGAAAAUCACAUCACAAAUUCCAAUGGUGAGGGGGAAAUAUGAGGGAAAUGACCUUCUCUCCCUUCAACUGAACUAAGAUCUGGUGGUCUAAGUGCACAUUAGCACUUGGUGCUGGCAUGCUUGCCGAAGGCUUUCCUCACGGGUGGAAGGAGCGAGGCUGUGCACCCUGCACCGGAUGUGCAUGGGAGGCUGCAGCGCCGCAGUGGGGCUGGUGGCCCAUCUUGCC